AUGACGGUGCUUAUAUUGAAUCCUGAGGAAUUGAAGACCAGGUUCCCACAGCUGUCCGAAAGCGAUACGCUACGAGUUCGUCUCAUAGUGCAAACACUCAGGUUUGACUACGAGUCGAACCACAUAGCCAUCCGGUCAAUGCUGUGUGUGACUCCCAGUAGUGUUAAGGUGUGGCUCCACAACAUAGGAAAGUACGAUUCUCAGGUUGUUAAAAAGGGGACCGUCAUCGACGUGACCGGCUACUUCAACGGGGAAGAUGUCGACGCCAUCGAGAUCCUGGCGUUGAAUGGAAGCGAACUCACUCAAGAGAAUAUUUCGGUAUUACAGACCAUUAGCCAUCUCCCCUAA